AUGGGUGGUUUAUUCUGCGUUCGCUCGGGAAUCGUCACAACUACAUUGACUGGGGGUGCUUGUUCCUCGGAAAAUUCUCCUGUCCGGAUAGCCACCAUUGGUACUGCACCUCAUGAUGCAAUCGUGGCACUCCCUCGGAGGCGGUGUCCCGAGUGGGAGUCCACGCUUCAUCAAGGGGUGGUCGAUCACCCGGGCAUUGCAAUGUUUAGACUUCCCGUGAGGAGACCGUGGCAACACUCCUAUUCUCACUAUCAGCUCAGUAAUUGCGUUGUGUUGUUUAGAGCGUAUGAUGGUAUCGCUGUGGAACAUAUGAAACUUGGGAUGAGAUCCGGAAGCGGUCCCUCUACAUCCAAUCUAAAUCCCAGCAAGUCUCGGGUAUUGGCAAAAACCAUGAACAGAGGCGUAGGAAGCGAGAAAUAUACCCAUGCAGUACAUAUGCGAGAAGGGGGGAUUGAGGCAACAUACGCUGAUGAAAUAGUCCUGCAUGGGGUAGUGGAAAUACGCUAA